UUGUUUGUUUGUUUGUUGUGGAUAACUUAAAUUAAAAAAAAAGAUGACAUCACCAACCGAUCCAUUAUCAUCGACAACGACACCAACACCACGUCCAAUACCACAAUUUUUUAAUGAAUACAAUCAUUUAACAACAAAACGUGAACGUUAUAGUUCAACACCUAAACGUACACAAUUACCACCAAGACCACCAUCAAAAUCAUUUGCACAAUAUAGUCGUCUAUCAUUAUCAUUUAAUCAUUCUUGUCAACAAAAUUCGAAUCAUCAUUUACAUAAUAGUCAUCAACAAAAGGCAAGAAUUAUAUCAUUUAAAAAUGAAAAACAACAACCACAAUUAUCACCAUUGUAUAAUCGUCAACUAAAAGAAUCAUAUUUGAAACAAUGUUAUCAUAUUGAAGAACGUAUUGGUAGCGGUUCAUUUGGUGAUGUAUUUCGUUGCCGUAAUCGUUGGGAUCAAAAAUAUUAUGCUGUAAAAGUGUCACGUGAAAAAUUCAAAGGUAAAAUUGAUCGUGAAGAAAAAUUGAAUGAAGUUUGUAAACACGAACAAUUACCGGAUCAUGAUCAUUUGGUUAAAUUACAUUGUGCAUGGGAAGAAAAACAAAGGCUUUAUAUUGAAACGGAAUUAUGUGCCGGUACAUUAUCAAUGUUGGCCGAUAAUAAUCAUGAUCUAGCUGAAUCAACAAUAUGGGCCAUACUAGUCGACCUAUUGAAAGCUAUUGAUCAUCUACAUACGAAUAAUUUGAUUCAUUUGGAUAUAAAACCAGAAAAUAUAUUCAUAUCAAGAGAUGGUGUCUGUAAAUUGGGUGAUUUUGGACUUAUAUUCGAUAUGAAUAAUCAUGAAUUAAAAGAAGCAACCGAAGGUGAUCCAAAAUAUUUGGCCGGUGAAGUUAUACAGGGUAUUUUUACAAAAUCGGCCGAUAUAUUUUCAUUGGGUAUGACUAUAUUGGAGAUUGCAUGUGAUCUAGAUCUACCAAGUCGUGGUGAUGCAUGGCAUUGGUUACGUACUGGUGCUAUACCUGAUUAUAUUUUCAAACAUCGAAAUGAUGAUCUCAAACAAAUCAUUAAAAUGAUGUUGAAUCCAGAUCAUUGUAAUAGACCUACAGCAAGACAAUUAUUGGAACAUCCAUUGAUCAUUUCACAUGAACGUUAUAGACGACAAGAAUUGAAAGGGAAAAAAUUUCGUUCCAAAUUAACUGAAACAAUACAAAUGAUUGAUGCAUUAUGCAUUGGACAAAAAACAUUUUUAUGGCCAUUAUGGUCAUGCGUAAAACAAAUGGUCAAUAUUCUUUCGGCACCUUUUCGAUUGUUAUUAUCGAAUUUUCAACAACAACUACAAAUGAAUUCAAGGCAUGAUUCUGAUUUGAUUUUAAAAUCAUUACAUCAACAAAACUCGUAUCCAUCCACACCUAUAUCAUCAUCGAUUAAUAAUCGAAAUAAUAAAAAUGUUUCCAGCAGUUCACGGCCAAAAUCACCCAAUUAUAAUCGAACAUAUGUAUCAAAUUAUUUGGAUCAAUAUUCAGAUGAUGAUAAUGAUAAUAUGACUACAUCAAGAUUCAUAUCAAAUCUUUCGUUUGAUAUGUCAUUUGGUUCAUCAUCGGAUGAUGAAUAUAGCCAUCAACAACAGCAACAACCACCAUCACAAAGGCAAAUGAUGAUGAAUGAAUCAUUGGAUCGAUUUGAUAAUCUAAGUAAUCGUAAUCUAUGUUCAACAGUUAAUCAUCAUCAUCAUAGACCAACAUCGAUUAAUUUUGAAAUGACACCUAAAUUCUCACCAUUAAAUCAGAAUAAUAGUGUCGAUGUAAUGAUGAUACAAACAAGUCCAAUACAUUGUACUGAUAAUGGUGCUGGUGGUGGUGGUGGUGGUGGCAAUUCAAUCAAAUCUGUCAUACAACGUUUAACAUUUGAUGAAUUUAGUUCAGAUGAAAUGGAAAUGACUGAAAAUGAUGAUAAUGAUGAUGAUAAUGAUAAUAGUAAUGAACCAAUCGGUAUCACCAAUAAUAAUAAAAAUAAUAAUAUUACCAAAGAUGCCGAUUCAACAACAUCAUCAUCAUCACCAUUAUCAUUCCAUGGUAUUUCAGGUGAUUAUCAUCAUUCAAAUCAUAAUAUUUUGAGAAAAAAUUUAAUGAAAUCAUUCGACGAAAUUGACGAAAUGGUAUCGUGAAGAACAAAAAAAACACUUUUCAUAUUGACUUUUUAAAAUUUUUUUUUUUGUAUUUUGUUAAUUUGUACCCUAUUUUUAUCACUUACACACACACACGAAAACUUUUCUAAUUUGUAAUCAAUUUUUUCGUUUAGCCACACUUACACACAUAAUUUGUAAUGAUAAUAAUUUUUAUUUUUACAAUUUUCAUCAUCAUCAUCACCACGUAUAUGUAUAUCUAAACGCGAAUAUAUGAUACACAUCAUAAAAAAGUCUCUAUAUAUCAAUUGUUGAUUCUUUGACCGAUUCUCUUGAAUAUUCUUUUUUGACUUUAAAAA